AUGCGUGCCUCCUUUUUCCUCGCUGCAGCGCUUGCUGCUCUUGGUGUUCAAGCAGACGAUUCCAGCAGCACCAUCGUCGGCUACUUCUCUCCUCCCUGGGAUGCAGGCCUUCUCCAGUACGGCGGUUGGACAAGCACCGCCGCCAGUCUCGUUGCUAUCAACACCAAGGCUGCGACAUACCAUGUCGGCUGUCUGAAAGACGCCCCCAAGACGGAUUGCGACUAUCCCGAAUCUUGGACGAUCAUCCAAGGCCCAGAGACAGUGAGCUUCACCGGGAAAUAUAUCGCCACGACCUCGGACAAGACAACCAGUUACGAUAUUACUGUCACUCAGUCUUACGAGUGCUCUCUGAAAUCCUCAACCGAGUCGGCCAGCUGCACUAUGAGUGCAGGCAUGAGCGGAUCACUGGACGGAGGGAAGUAUGAGUCUUCCACCUCCAGCAAGGCGACUUACACGACAGCGCCAAUUUCCAAUUCGUACUACCAGUUGACAGUAACUGGAGGCCUGAGCAAGCUUACGACUGCUCAGACAACCACGACAACUGGCGGUGCCGUCGCUGGACCCGCAGGUGCUAUGAUUACGGCUGCUCCUGUGGUUGCUGCUGCCAUGGCUGCUCUGCUGUGA